AUGGGAUCAUGUCAGGAUGAUAGCUUUUGAUAUUCAUAGCAUGUUUGUAGAAAGUAGUAUUUUGAUAUGCAUAGCUUCGUAAUAGUUAAGUCUUAAAUACAGUGUCGUCUGCCAUGCCCGUGUUUUUUCCAUUGCUCGUUGCUCAUUCAACGAUGACAUGCCCGUUUGGCCAUUUGGCCGUUUUAGCAGACCGAAAAAGAAAGGAAGGUAAAAGGAAAGAUGAAGAUAAAGCUAAAAUGCUAACAGGCACAUUCCCACUUGCGAGUUGCAAGUCUGACGCCUGGGCUCCCCAGGGUCGGGGAGGGCAGGGAAAGAGAUGGGAACCCUCAGGCAAUCGGGAGCGUUUAAUUGAAUGCAAUUAAAGCAAGACCGCCGCGCCGACAGCCGCGCCUGCGAUGAUGCCCCAGCCCUCCCACAUGAUGCGGCCAGCGGCAUUAGUAGGCGAGGCCGUGGCGCU